AUGCGCCAGUGCUCUGUUUUAGUAAAAUCAAGUGAACAUCAUGGACAACGAGGAAGGAUGUCGAUCACAGAUAACACGACACAAAAUAAAUUUUCUGUUACUAUGGAGGAUCUUCGUUUUGAAGAUGCAGGAUGGUACAGCUGUGGUAUUGACCAAUCCGGCCUCAUUUCAGUGUCUGCUGUAGAGCUGCAAAUAUCUGCCGAUCCUGUGUCUCUUCCUGAACUUAGAUUUUUAUCAUCUCCAUCAAAUGCCUCAUGUUUUGGGAGCUCGGUGUCAAUCUCCUGUGAAUGUGUCCAGGGAUCCCUCCCCAUUCACUACACAUGGUAUGAAAGGACCCCAUCUCAAGAUUCAAAGAUCUCUAACACCAGUAAACUGGAUCUACAUUGUCAAUCCUUCACACAGCAACAUCAUCAAUAUUACUGCACAGCCUCAAAUACUCAGGGAACAAAACCCAGUGAAAUGGUUAAUGUGUCAGUCACACACAGACCAGGGGAGAACUGCAGUUAUGUGGCACAAGUCAGCACCAGUGGAGCUGAUGACUGUUAUAAAAUUUCAACAGUAUCAUCGACAACUACAAAUUCAAACAUCACGUCUCAACUUGGUAUAAGGUACGACUAUCUCAACGUUAGUGUUUGA